CCUAAGAUUGGUGAGAGCUAUCAUGUUUGUCGUAUUUUUAGGACAUGGUCAUGUGGGGCCAGCCGGACCUAAAAGCGAGAUAGGGGAGACUGGAGAUUCCAGUGAAAUUUAAAGAUGGGGAAAACACAGAGUGUCCUUGAGAAGAAAGGAUACACUACCCAGAAGGAGGUAGAGAAUGGUGUCAUCGCUACUGACGAACAUGGUGACCAGUUUGUCGUUAAAGAGAUCAAAUUGAAUGGGACAGCUGUCCUGGACUCCAGUGCUGGAGAAAUUGUCUCAGAGGUUGAAAGCCUCAGACAGAUUAGUCAUCCCCACAUUGUAAGCUACAAAAACUCAUUUCUAGAGGAUAACUGCUACUAUAUAGUGACAGACCAUUGUGCAAAGGGAAAUCUCUCUCAGAAGAUACAAGAGCAGAUGACUAACCCUACAGAAGAGUACUCUGAGAAGAUUAUGGACUGGUUUGUCGAGAUCUGCAUGGCCCUGAAGCAUGUACAUGACCAGUGCCUUCUUCACAGAGAACUGAGACCCCAGAACAUACUUCUCACAGAAUUUGAAACACUUCGUUUGGGAGCGUUUGGAAGUGCCAACGAAAAGGCUACCAACGAGGACGGAAUGGUGGGUUAUUUAGGCCCAGAGAUUCUGACUGGUGAAACGUAUGACACCAAAAGUGAUAUUUGGUCCUUGGGAUGUGUGCUGUAUGAGUUGUGUAUGCUUCAGGGUGCAUUCACUGCAGAGAACACAAUCAAGCUCAUCCCCCAAAUAUUGGGAGGUUCUUACCCAUCUCUCCCAGAGAGCUUCUCAUCUGAGCUCUGCGACCUCCUGUGUGACAUCUUCCAACAAGACCCGACCAUUAGGCCUUCAGUUGGUGACAUCAUGGCAAAACCCUUCAUUAUCAGUUUCAUCACAAAAAAGAGUGAGAAAACUGUGGCGGAACUCCAGACAACCUUGGACAAGCUGAGAACUCUGGCAGACGGCUUGGAGAGUAUGCACAAAGGCACCACCAUAGGCAGUCUGACGGGGGGUGUUAUUGGGGCAGCUGGAGGAAUCACCUCUAUAGUGGGGCUCAUCCUGGCUCCCUUCACUCUGGGCGCCUCCCUGAUCGUCACUGGGGUUGGUAUUGGGGUGGCUGUCGCUGGUGGAGCCACAGCAGGAGUAUCAAACAUCACCAACAUGGUCAAUCAGUCCACCGACCGCCUAGCCAUGAAGAACAUCAUCAAGGAGUUCCAGGAGAAGAUGAACUCUGUGGUGACAUCUCUACAAAACAUUGCUGAGGGUUUGGAGAUACUCAUGCAAACUAGCUCUUCUAAGAUAGAAAGUGCCGGUUUCAAUGUAGAGGCCGCUGUUAGUGCUGGGGUGAGGGCUGGGAAAGGCCUUGCGGGCACAAUAGAGCUCUUCAGACUACUCCAGGUGGCCAAUAUUGGCAAGGUGGCAGCCCAAAGUGCCAGGGCAGUGCGUGUGGCAGAGGUGGCGACAGGAAUAUUUUCCGCUUUUUUUGUAGCUGUUGAUAUUUUCUUCAUCGCCAUGGAUGCCAGAGAGAUCCACAACAUCCGACAGGCAAAGGUGAAUGAACAGUCUGGUGAUACCAGUAAGUUAGAAGUGAUGGACACAGACUCCAGCACUGAGCUGAACCCUGCAUGUGAAGAACCAAAGGCUGAGGUCAAGUCAGAGACCAUGAAGUUCAUCCAGACGAUCAGACAGACAGCUGAACAGCUACAGGAGAGCCUGGACGAACUGAGUGACGUCAUCUCGUUCAUUCCUAAGAUAGAGGACUGUUACUUAGACGACUGACCUACUCAGUGAUUCUACGAGAUGCAUAAACAACAGAUCCACUCAUACUUUAAUAUUGAACUUCUCUGUAAUAGACCGGUAUGGGCAGAUGUCCUUUUUGAUAGCCAGAAACUCACUUUCAUCCUUAAGACAUGGCUUGUACAACUCAGUUAUGAUAACUAAGUGGUACAGAUCAAUAUCUAUAUCACAGACACCUCUACUUCUGAAAUGAUUAAUUUUAUAUCAUAACUGUCGGGAUGGAUUUGAUCUGUAUAUUAUUUUCAUGAAACAAAUUGUAUUAAAAUAGUAAGCAACUGCAAAAUGAUCAUUUUCAAUCUAUUCAUACAUGAAGGUGCAUGGUGAUUGUAUAGAAUUAUAUUAAUAAAACAUUGACUGAUAUGAAACAUUAUACAUCAACGUUUCUUCAUGGUAAAAUAAUAAAGAUCAGUUCAUUUAAAAAAAUAAAAAAAGUGUACAAUGCACCAAAUCUGUCUUUUGGCCUGAUGGUAGCAUUUUUCAUGCCCAAAUACACACUGGUAAACCCUGUUGAAGUACAAACAACAGAUAUAUUUCAAAAACGUUCAUAUUUAGCAGCCUGUUAGUAUCCGGUACUUGUUUGUGUUGCUAUUUUGUACUUGUGGUACUUGUUUGUGCUAUCUAUUUUGGUUAGGUCAGGGUGUGACUAGGGUAGGUACUCUAGUUUGUGUAUUUCUAUGUUG